GCCAGGAAGCAAAUAUGAAUGAAGAUGAUCGCUACCGUACCUCUAGCCAGUACAGGUACUGGUCCUAUACUCCUGCUGGAUUGGCAGAUCUGCGCUCAAAGACAAACAAGUUAGCAACAGAGCGAGUUCGAGCAGCUAUUGCCCGGGUUCAGGCCAGUCGUGCGGCGUCAACAUCACAAAAUGCCAGCGCCGAGACGAGCGAAGCUGAGCGCAGUGGCACUCCAGCUGUCACUGCGGCUAGUGAGGUGAACUUCCUCACUCCAGAUGAGGAGUUGAAGCUUGUACGCUUCUUCUGCCAGCAAGCUCUCCAGCUCGGCGACCACCUCAACCUACCCACAGACGUCAAGGCAACAGCAAUCCAAUACCUGAAGCGCUUCUACCUUACCAACAGCACGAUGACCUAUCCCCCCGCCGCAAUCCUCAAGACCUGCCUCUUCCUCGCCACAAAGACCGAGAACCACUACUACCGCCUCACCAAAUUCGCCGACGCGAUUGGCAAGACGACGCCCGAAGACGUCCUCGCCUCCGAGUUCCUCCUCACCCAAGCCCUGCGCUUCACAUUCGAUGUGCGCCAUCCCUUCCGCGCCCUCGAGGGCGCAGCCAUGGAGCUGCAAGCCCUUGCCAACGGCUCGGCGCCUGUACUGCCAGGCAUGGACAAUCCAGAGAUACCACCCGAGCUGGGCGAUGUGGCGGCGCGGGUGCGUGAUGCCCACGGCAACGCACGCGAACGUCUUAAGACAUCCGCCCUGCUCACAGAUGCAUACUUCCAUUUCACGCCGUCGCAGAUCAUGCUAGGAUCGCUACUCCUCGCCGAUGCGGAACUGACAAGGUGGUUUAUGACAGUCAAGUUGCCAUCUGCCCCACUUCUCGAGCGCGUGAUGGAGACUCUCCGCGCCUGUGCCGAUAUGCUAGCUGCAGUACCGCCUGAUUCGCAGCCAGGGGAGGCGGAGAUGCGAGAGCUCAAGGGGCUGGCGAAGAAGCUGACUCGGUGCAGGGAUCCGGAGAAGGCUGAUCUGGUGGGGCUGCGGAGGGCCAAGCGGGAUGGGGAUGGGGAGGAAGAGUUGCGGAAGGCGAAGAAGCGGAAGCUGGAGAGGGAGAAGGUGCAGAAGGAAGGGGAAGAUCUGUUUGGACCUGCAUUGGUGAAGCGUGAUGUCUGAGGAAUGUCUGAGGAAUUGGCUGGGAGGGGGCAUGAUGGGCAUUGGAUUGUUUGAUUAAGCGGGAGUUCAGGGGAUGGACGGGAGGCGUAACGGAGAGGUGUCACUGAAUGGGGUAGACAUGUUCUGAAUACAAAGUCUAUAAUUGAUUAUCGAUUAACCCCCUGUUAAGUGCCGAUGGGAUCUCAAAUCAUUAGUGCCGUGAGCUUGGAGCGCGCCGGCACCCUAAGACAGCCCGAAUCCCAUUACCAACGGCAGCACGGUA